AUGCUAGAGAAAGAUAAAGAUGUGACUAAGACUGCCACUGACAGAAGCCUGAACACUGUGGAUUUAGUGGCCCUGGGUGUGAACCUCACAAUGGGUGUAGGUGUGUAUAUCCUGGUUGGUGAGGUGGCCGGUAAUCAAGCCAGACCAUCCAUUGUGAUCUGCUUUAUGGUGGCUGGCCUAACUUCAUUGUUGGCUGGACUGUGCUAUGCAGAGCUUAGUGCCCGGAUUCCCCAUCCUGGCUCUGCAUAUCUCUACGCCUAUGUCACUGUAGGUGAAAUCUGGGCCUUCAUCACUGGCUGGAAUCUCAUCUUCUCCUAUGUUGCUGGUACAUCCAAUAUGGUCUUUGCCUGGAUUUCAGCUUUUGACAACAUGUUUGGGUACCAGAUCUCUUGGGCCCUGAAUGAAAGCAUCUUAUUGCAUUCUCCCCCGGUCCUUGCAAAGAUUCUAGGAUUCUUUAUUGUGGGCCUUGUGUUUUUGCUCAUUGGAUUAUUGACUUUGAGGUUUAGGGAGUCGAUGCUGUUAACCAAAGUGGCCAUGUUGAUGAGACUUCUGAUUCUCAGUUUUGUCAUCAUCUCUGGCUUCAUUAAGGGGGACCUGCACAACUGGAAGCUCACAGAAGUAGACUACAGAAAGGAUGAACUCAAUGGCGCCUCUAGCUUGGGCCCUCUGGGCUCUGGAGGAUUUGUACCUUUUGGCUUUGCAGGGAUUCUUCAUGGAUCAGCUACCUGUUUCUGUGCAUUUAUAGGUUUUGAUAACAUUGUUAGCAGAGUUGAAGAAGCCCAGAACCACCAGCGUUCCAUCCCCAUGGGCAUUGUGAUGUCACUGCUCAUCUGUGUUUUGGUGUAUUUUGGUGUCUCUGCAGCCCUUACACUUAGGGUUCCUUACUACCAGAUUCGACCUGGGAGCACCUUGCCUGAGGCUUUUCUCCAUAUUGGCUGGGCCCCUGCCUACUAUGCUGUAGCUUUGGUAUUCCUCUGUAGUCUUUCUGUCAGCCUCUUGGGUUAUAUGUUCCCCAUUGGUCAGUUGAUAUAUGUCAUGGCAGAGGAUGGCCUCCUGUUCCCUGUCCUUGCCAGAAUCCAUACUGGCACCUACAUGCUCGUCAUGGCCACUGUGAUCUUUGGCAUUAUUGCAGCAAUCAUGGCAUUCUUCUUGAGACUUGCUGAUCUUCUGCACCUCAUGUCAAUUGGGACCCAGAUAGCUUACUCCCUGAUGGCUUUUUGUGUUCUCAUCAUCAGGUAUCAGCCUGAGAAGAAGAAGAGAGAAAAUGAAGUGCAAAUGCAGGAGGAGAAUGAGGAAAAUCAAACACAGGUGCAGAAGGGGACUGCACCUGCAGUAGAGAAGCUGACUCUACAAGGACUAUUUUUUCCAGGCAGCCCCACCCCCACUCCACUCUCUGGCCGGGUUGUCUAUGUUUGCUCCUCACUGCUAGUUCUGCUGCUGACUCUCCUCUGCCUGGUGCUGGCCCACUGGCCAGGUCUGAUUUCUGGAGACCCAGGGCCAAUCACACUGGUUGUGCUGCUCCUGGUGCUCAUCACUGGGAUCACUGGGGUCAUCUGGAGACAGCCACAGAGCUCCACUACCCUUCACUUUAAGGUCCCUGCUCUGCCUCUCCUCCCACUCUUGAGCAUCUUUAUGAAUGUUUGCCUUAUGAUGCAGAUGUCAGCUGUCACCUGGGCCCCAGUUGGUGUCUGGAUGCUGAUUGGGUUUGUUAUCUACUUCAUGUAUGGAAUCCAGCACAGCCUGGUUGCACAGCACCACUGA